GCAGAGACUGGGAUAGAGAGGAGGGGAGAAGGAGGUGACGGACCUGCUCCUCUGGGACUCGGCUACAGAGUACUACUGCUAGGUGCUAUCGCCGGGCUCGGCUCACAAAACGCUCUUCAGCUGUAAAAUGCGCGAUUAGGCACCGAGCUUUGCCUUGAAGCUGUCACCGAGCUCCGCGAGGGUCUUCACGGUCGCGGCUCCGCUUGUAGGAAAUCUGGACUAACUGAGAGAGGAGGGAAAAAGAAGCAUUCAUGGAGAUUCUGCGCAGCUUCGUUGAGCAAAUCGCCUGGAUUAUCUGAUUUGGGGACGGGGCAUUGCACAUUUUAAAGACGAAGACGGUGUUUCUCUGUUGUGCCACCGCCGUGCCAACUCUAGUCCACGACGUGUUUUUGUUUUUAGCUGGGACAGUAGUUUUCGUUGCUCCGGUCAUGGCGGACCAAGAGGAGACUUUUGCCCUUCAAAACUCUCCUGGUGGCUCGGAUUCAAGGGAAUUACAGACCGAUAAUAAAUCAGAGAAACAGAACGGGACAUCAAGCAAAUCCCCAUCAUCACAGACAACUUACAUUCAGCAGGGAAUGGAGGGAAUAAAAGUUUAUCUGCACGAGAGGGAACUCUGGACAAAGUUUGACGAGGUGGGGACGGAGAUGAUCAUCACCAAAGCCGGAAGGCGAAUGUUCCCCAGCUUCAAAGUGAAAGUCACGGGAUUAAACCCCAAAACUAAAUAUAUUCUCCUGAUGGAUGUUGUUCCUGCGGACGACCAUCGAUACAAAUUCGCCGAUAACAAAUGGUCUGUGACCGGGAAGGCAGAGCCCGCCAUGCCCGGCAGGCUCUACGUCCACCCGGACUCUCCCGCCACGGGGGCGCACUGGAUGAGGCAGCUCGUCUCGUUCCAGAAGCUGAAACUGACCAACAACCACCUGGACCCGUUCGGACACAUUAUCCUGAAUUCGAUGCACAAGUAUCAGCCGAGGAUCCACAUUGUGAAGGCGGAUGAAAAUAACGGCUUUGGCUCCAAAAACACGGCCUUCUGCACUCACGUCUUCCCCGAGACAGCCUUCAUUGCGGUUACGUCCUAUCAGAACCAUAAGAUAACCCAGCUGAAGAUUGAGAACAAUCCGUUUGCAAAAGGCUUUCGUGGAAGUGAUGACAUGGAGCUGCACCGAAUGUCCAGAAUGCAAAGUACCAAGGAGUAUCCAGUAGUGCCUCGCAGUACGGUGCGCCAGAGAGUGGGCUCCAGCCAGAGCCCGUUCAGUGGGGAGGUCCAGGGCAUGGCCACCCCGAGCACCCUGAGCUCCCAGUACUCCCAAUGUGAGAACGGGGUCACAAGCACCUCACAGGACAUGCUGCCUCAGUCGGGCUCCUACCCCCUGCCACAUGAGCACGGCCAGGAGUACCACUGCAUCAAGAGGAAAGUGGAGGAUGACUGUCACUCAGGUGAGCACAGCUAUAAGAAGGCCUAUCUGGAGAGCUCGUCCAGUGAGGAGGACCAUUACUACCGUCCUGUUGGCUACGCCCAGAGCCUCGGCCUGGCCAGUGGGCCCUACCGCAGUGAAUCCAGUCAGCGACAGGCCUGUAUGUAUGCCAGUGCCACCCAGGGUGCUGAGCCAGUUCCUAGUUUGGAGGACAUCAGCUGCAACACUUGGGCCAGCGUUUCACCCUAUGGGAGUUGCUCCGUCACCACCAUGCAGCCAAUGGACCGGCUGCCCUACCAGCACUUCUCCGCUCACUUCACCUCAGGGUCUCUGGUGUCCAGACUUGGCGGGGUGGGGGGACACGCCUCUCCGCAGCUGGGCGAUGGCCACCACGCUGCCAUGUACCAGAGCUCCAUGACCCACCAGACUCUGGGCCGCCAGUGCAGUCCUGGGGCUGGGAUCCAGUCGCCAGCAGCUGGCCUACAGGGAAACGAGUACCUCUAUACACACGGUAUACCACGUACACUAUCGCCACACCAGUACCACACUGUACAUAGUGUCAGCAUCAUGCCAGAGUGGAACGAAAACAGCUAAAAGAGCUUUUUUUCCCAAUCAAGAGAUACAAAUAUUAAAAGGAAAAGACAAAAAAAGGACCAAAAUAAGGCAGGGUUUAGAUGAAUUUAUAUUUAUAUUUUUAGAGGACGUGUAGCUGAUCAUCUUAAUGAGAUCAGUGUUGGUUCACGGACAGCAGUGGAUAUUGGUAAGAUGGUGUUGAAGUUGGAAAGCAAACAUCCUAUCACUUAACUUGUUGUGACAGCAUCUGCACUUAUAAGCAAAUAACAUAAACAUGAAUAAAGUGUAGCUGGACCAGAAUAUACACAGACUGCUAAGGUGCAGAGAAAGUGAACACAGGGGACACUGAACAGAAGAACAAAAAAUGCUUCAGAUGCUUUGCCAGCAGUCCCCAAGUUGAUGGCCUUCUUGUGCGUUGGUGUUUUUUGGAUGUCAAAGUACAAAACUCUUGUUUUGUGUUCAUGUCCCAAAUUUAUGUAAAAAAAAAAAGGAUAUUGUCUACUGUCACAUUAUCCUGAGUUCUCAUUUUCUUUUAAAUUUUUGUAGUUAAAAUCUUACUUUGUGGUCAAAUUGCUAUAAGUUAAAAUGAAUAAGCAGAUGGGAGCUUUUGGUGUGGCUCUUUGGCGAAUUUGCUUACUCUUAAAAUCUCUCCUGUUGCUGGGUACAUUUACAUGUUAAGGCCAUUAUGAGAAACAUGACCUGGCUUCAUUUUUUCAGGUAUAUUCGUACUAAUACAAUGACGUACAUUUGCUAAAUCCAUUUUUGGUCGAUUUGAGAUUGAUUCACACAGAUAACUGUUGGAUUGGGACAUAACAUAACAUAUCGUCUUGUUCUUCCAGUAUGGAAGUCAUCAUAUGUCCAGAAACACUGAGAACUGAUGAAAUGUUCCUCUGUGUCUGGAUGUGUAAUUAGGCACAGGGUUGCUAACACAUUACCACUUUAUAAGGUGAUAAUAUGUCAGGGCUGUGGGUUUGUCGCCUUGUUGUGAUGUUCUUCUGCCCUCAAGUGGACAAAAAAAAUCAUGAAUGCAGCUUUAAGUGUAGUAAUUAUUCGAUACAGCUACAUAAAGAUUAGCAGUUGGAGUGUGACGGUCAUUAAGUUGAAAGAGCAUGUGUUGAUCACGGUUUCAGUUUCUGAUGGAGAGGUAGCUUUACAGUAAAGAAACUGAUGUAAUUCAGAUCAGAAUAACAGAUUUAAACCCCAGACUUAAAACAUAUUUCUUGAAGCAAUUGGCAGACACUAUAAAUUAUCACUUUGAUUUGGGUUAAUACUGCAGUUACAAACACUAUUAAAUCAUGCUCUGUUUAGUGAAGACAAACACACAAGCAAGACAUGCGGUUUUAACCCUAAAUGUGUUUGUAUGAGCUCUAUAUGAUUAAACCUAUUUUCCAUGCCAACAUACAGUAUACAGUAAUGAAUAAACAAGCUACCUGACAUUCAUACUUUUGUUGUUGUUCAGCAAUGCCAUCCUGCAAAACCUUGCCACAGUCCUUGUGUUGUGCAUACGUGUAGGUUGUUACAUUGGAAGAAGUCUAAAUCUAAAAUUAUUAUUUAUUUGGAUUGUACACUAUACCACACUCUCC